AUGCUGCAGCAUCUUGGUACUUGUAAGCAACAUCCUCAUAGAAUCAGACUUACGGAUCAACAGAAUAUGAGUCGUGAUGGGCCUCUUAAGGGAGUUGGAGAUAGUGAUGUUAAUAACUCGGCAAAUGCACAUAAGUUUGAUUCGGAAACUGUACGAAUGGCAAUUGCUGAAAUGAUCAUUUGUGAUGAGCUUCCAUUUAGGAUAGUAGAAGCCCAGGGAUUUAGGAAGGUAUGUAGAUCUCUUGAACCAAGGUUUCAAGUGCCAUCUCGAACCACUGCAGCAAGAGAUUGUAUUAAACUGUUUAAAAUGGAGAAGGAGAAGUUAAGGCAAAUUUUUAAGACGGUUGGGCGGGUUAGUUUAACCAAUGAUACAUGGACGUCAAUUCAAAACUUAAAUUAUAUGUGUCUUACUGCACACUUUAUCGACUCUAACUGGAAACUACACAAAAGAAUUCUAAACUUUUGUAUGAUCCCUAAUCACAAAGGAGAAACUAUUGGAAAGUGUGUAGAUUCAUGUUUACAAGAUUGGGGCAUUGACAAAAUCUUUACUGUUAUAGUUGAUAAUGCUUCCUCAAAUGAUGUUGCCAUUGAAUAUUUGAGAAAGUUUGUGGGAGGUCAUUUGUUUGAAGGGAAGUAUAUUCACAUCAGGUGUUGUGCCCAUAUAAUGAACCUCAUUGUGAAUGAUGGGCUAAGAGAUUGUGAUGAUUCAAUCACAAGGGUGCGCAAUGCAGUUAGGUAUGUUAGAUCAUCUCCCGCAAGAAUGGAGAAAUUCAAAAAGUGUAUAGAGAAGGAGAAAAUUGAUUGUACAAAAUUGGUAUGUCUUGAUGUUUCCACGAGAUGGAAUUCGACUUAUCUAAUGCUAGAAGUUGCAGAAACAUAUAAAAAACCUUUUUUGCGAUUGGAGAAGGAUGAUGAUUCUUUUGUUCGUUAUUGUCGUAGUGUGAACUUGGGCCCCCCUAACUCUAAUAAUUGGGAGAGAGUUAGAGUAUUGAUAAAGUUUUUGAAGAUUUUUUAUGAUGCUACUGUGAGACUUUCUGGCUCUUUGUAUGUCACAUCUAAUGCAUAUUUUCAGGAGCUUUGUGGCAUACAAUCACAUUUGUCAAAAAUGAGUCAAAGUAAUGAUGCAGUGUUGAAAUGUAUGGCAGAAAAUAUGAAGAUUAAGUAUGACAAAUAUUGGGGAUCAAUUGAAAAGACUAACUUGAUGAUAUUUAUUGCUGUUGUUCUUGAUCCAAGAUGCAAAUUUAGUCUUUUGCAUUUUUGGUUCAAAAAGAUAUAUGGUGGUAAUUUAGUCGAAGAAAUGAUUGCAAUAGUAAAACACUUGAUGAUGGACAUUUAUUGGGAGUAUAGUAUUGUGUAUGGGAGUUCAAGUGGAGUUUCCUAUUCUGAGCCUCCUUCCUCAGUUGAUCCUACUAUGGUUGAUUCUGAUUCUCAACAGAGUUUUUGGAUUGAGUAUGAGCAAGAAAUUAUUGAGUCUAAUUUGAUGAACAAAUCAGAGAUUGAUCAGUACUUAGAACAUGGAUGUGAGGCACGAGCUCCAAAUUUUGAUAUUUUGGAUUGGUGA